ACCGCGUACAUUUCCACUUAGCGCACAUGUUUUUGUCGGAAGAAGAAGAAAAAGCCGGAAGUUGAGUUUCUCCUAGCGUUUUUUGCUAACAUACGGAACUAUCGUCCAACGAAAGACAAAUGGAGAUGUGUGAGGAAGCAGCCAGGAAAAGAGGCAGCAAGACUCUGCUGGUCCACCAUCUGCCAGCCGAGUUGACUGAGGAUGAAAAGGAGGAUCUGCUCAAGUACUUUGGAGCGGAGUCCGUCAGAGUCUUCUCCAACUUUGGCCGUAUGAAACAUGCAGCAUUUGCAGCUUUUCGCAGUGAAAAAGCUGCAGAGAAGGCUCUCGCGCGCCUCCAUCAGUUAGAGAUUCUCAACCGGAAGCUCAUUGUGGAAUUUGCAAAGGGCCAGGAUAAUAUCACAGUAUUAAAGGAUCCACCUGUGACAGAAAGUAAUAAACAUGGCGCAGAAGCGAAGAACAAACAGGAAACGAAGCAGCCAAAUGUUCCUCUUAUAGAGACCGGCAUCGCUCCAAGUCUUGGGUUGAAAUAUCAUCCAAAUCCCACUUUGAAAUAUUUGUACCCGCCUCCUUCAAAUAUUGUCCUGGCAAACAUCGCACAUACCCUCAUGUGUGUGCCCAAGUUUUAUGUUCAAGUUCUGCAUUUAAUGAACAAGAUGAAUUUACCGUGUCCGUUUGGACCGGUUACACCAAGACCCCCUUCGUUUGAGCCCCUGCCUGCUGCCCCUCCCGUCCCCAUGCCUCCCCCGUUGCCUCCUGACCUCCCACCGACACCCACUGAAGAGAUGGUGUCUGGUGAUGAAGAAUCCGAGUACGAGAGUGGUGAUGACGAAGACAAGGAGAGGAUUGUUCGUCUGAUGGGCCUGGUCAACCAGGCAUGCAAGAGACCCCUGAGACCCAAAACAUCUUCAAAGAGAAAAAAACCCAAGAUCAAGGAUCUGCUCUUUGCGCCCAAACCGGACUCUCAAAGCGCUCCAGUCAUGCAGCCGUCAGACGUAUUUGAGCAGCCUAACCCCGCUGGAUCCAAGAAAAUAGAAUUCCACAUUUCGGUUCCGGAGGUGACAGCCAGGGUGGAAGGAAGCACACCUGGUCAAGGGACUCAGUGCGAAGAAGGCCUAGCACCUGUGAGGCCUACAGAAAUAAAUGAGAGCAAGGCCACCAUCAACAACAACAACAACGGCACGGAGGAUACAGUAGGAUUUGGGAAGCUCUACCCCAGCACCCAGACGUUCCAGCAGUGUGAAGAGCACAGCGACGACGAGCAGGAUCUCCCGUCCGAUGUCAUCACAAGAAAAGAGCUUGAGAAAGGACGCCUGUCAAAAGACGAGAUUAAACGGAUGUCAGUGUUUAAGAAUUACGAGCCGGGCGAGCCAACCUGCAGGCUGUAUGUGAAGAACAUUGCAAAGCCAGUGGAAGAGAAAGAUCUAAAGUACAUCUACGGGAGAUACAUCGAUCCCUCCUCCGAAACCGAGCGAAACAUGUUUGACGUGUUGCUAAUGAAGGAGGGCCGGAUGAAAGGACAGGCUUUUGUCGGACUUCCCAGUGAGACGAGUGCUGAGAAAGCCCUGCGGGAAACCAACGGUUUUGUUCUCUACGACAAACCCCUGGUGGUUCAAUUUGCUCGAUCUGCCAGACCAAAACAGGACAACACAGACGCCAAGAAGGGAGCGAAGCAACGAUAAACUCCCCAGAUACCAAGGCUUGAUUUUGUGGGCCAGCAGAAGCAUUUGUAUCCUUAUUUGAGCAUAUCCUUUGGAAAAAUACUGAAGAAAAAGAGGGCACUUCUAUUUGUGGAAGCAAUGGAACAUGUUGACCUUUUAAGUUCAUUGACCUAAAUCCACAAGAACAUGUCAUUGUUUUUCUCUUUUUUAAUCAUGUCUUGUUGAUUUAAUGUGCUUAAAUGGUAUUUUAAAACAUUCUCUCCCUCAUUUUUUAACUGAUUUCAGGUGAUGGUCAUCAGACGUCGUCAUCUUUUAAUAAAUAAAAACAAAAAGGACUGUAUAGAAAA